CUCCUGCUACCUUUUUCACAUCUACAUUUAAGGCUCCACAAUCUGGCACACUAGAAAUUGCAGUAUUUUCAAAGGAGUUUGGACUCUGGGACAAAGAUGUUCCCCUCCUUUACGUCAGUGCUCCUGCUCACAGCUCUGGCCUGUGUGUGGGCUCAAGACUCUUAUGAAGAGCGGAACUCUCACAGGAGACCCAGAGUCAAACCUGUGGCUGCAAAUAUUCACGAAGAACCAGCAAUUGUAGACGAGGUCUGCAGUUUGGAGCUUUCCUUUCUGUUGGACAGCUCUGAGAGUGCCAAAGACAAUCACGAGCAGGAGAAGCAGUUUGUGAUGAAUGUAGUGGACAGACUCCAUGGGAUGCGACUGCAGACUGGCCGCAGCAUGAGCUUGAGGGUGGCUCUCCUACAGUACAGCAGCCAUGUCAUCACAGAGCAAACCCUCAGAGACUGGAGGGGCAUUGACAACUUCAAAACCCGCAUAGCUCCCAUCAUCUACAUCGGGCAUGGCACCUACACCACCUACGCCAUCACCAACAUGACCAAAAUCUACCAAGAGGAUUCCAGCCCUGGCAGCAUCAAAGUAGCCGUGCUGCUCACAGAUGGUGUGUCCCACCCGAGGAACCCUGAUAUUUUCUCCGCUGUUGCUGAUGCCAAGAACCAGGGGAUCAAGUUCUUCACUCUGGGCAUCACCCGAGCAGCCAACGAGCCAGCCAAUGUCGCCCAACUCCGGCUUCUCGCCAGCUCCCCAGCCUCCCACUUCCUACAUAAUCUACAGGAUGAAGACAUUGUUGAAAAAAUCGUCACUGAGAUUAGUGGCCUGGCUGAUGAAGGAUGCCCUCUGGCUCAGCGAUGUGCCUGUCAGAAAGGAGAGAGGGGGCUAAGCGGGCCUUCGGGGAAGAAAGGUCGACCCGGAGAUGAUGGAGCCCCAGGGCUCCGAGGGCAAAAGGGUGAAGCAGGAUUAAGUGGUCUUCCUGGGAGAGAGGGUGCUGAGGGGAAACCAGGUUACAAAGGAGAGCAGGGUGAGAGGGGUGAGUGCGGCACACCAGGAAUCAAAGGAGACAGGGGCCCUGAGGGUCCAUUUGGAGCGAGGGGGGUCAGAGGUCUUCAGGGGUUACCUGGACCACAUGGAGAUAUUGGACCUGAGGGCCCUCAGGGAAAGCAGGGUGAACGUGGCCCAGCUGGUCCACCAGGAAUUCAGGGAGAAACUGGUAUUGGACUUGCUGGACCAAAAGGUGACAUGGGAUUCCAGGGUCGGGGGGGCCCUCCUGGUCCUCCUGGAGUGGGUGAACCCGGCCUUCCUGGACCCCAAGGAUCACAAGGUGUUCAAGGAGACAAAGGACCCCACGGCGAGGGAUUUCCAGGACCAAAGGGUGAUCGGGGGUUUCAUGGGCCGAGAGGGCCGAGGGGACAACAGGGAGUUGGAGUCAAAGGAGACAGGGGUGACUUGGGGCCUCUAGGUCCUCCAGGGCCAACUGGACCAACAGGAGUGGGCAUACAGGGAGAGAAGGGUAUUGAAGGUCCGAGAGGUCCUCCAGGAGGCAGAGGUAUCCCAGGAGAGGGUUUACCUGGAUCUAAGGGAGAUCAAGGUCUACCAGGAGAGCAGGGAGCUCAAGGAGAGACAGGAAUUGGUGAGCCAGGUCCUAAGGGAGAGCCUGGAGCAGCUGGUUUGGGUGGCUUGCCUGGUCUUCCGGGAGAGGAUGGAGCUCCAGGGCAGAAGGGGGAGCCUGGUUUAUCUGGUUUAAGAGGUCCUGAGGGGGCACAAGGAAUUGGCAUUCAAGGAGAGAAAGGUGACCAGGGUUUGAGGGGCAUCCGUGGGUUACAUGGACCUCCUGGGAUCUCAGGACCUUCAGGACCCAAGGGUGAACGUGGGAUACCAGGCCAGCAGGGCAUGCCAGGGCAGCAAGGACGCUCCAUAUCAGGUCCAAAGGGUGAUCUGGGCCCUGCUGGUCCUUCUGGUCCUAUUGGAGAAACAGGCCAUGGAUUACCUGGUCCAAAAGGGGAGCGUGGUCAUCAGGGUUUACUGGGUCUAACUGGUCCAAAAGGCGAAGGCGCUCCUGGCCCUGUGGGUCCUCCAGGAUUGCCAGGUUUAACAGGCGAGCAAGGACCAGAAGGAAUUGGAAUUCCUGGUCCCAAGGGUGACAUUGGCUUUAGGGGGUUGCCAGGUUUGCCUGGUCCAACAGGAGAGGGCUUACAAGGACCAGCAGGUAAUGUUGGAAGGCCAGGACCUACUGGUCCAGCUGGACCUCCAGGAGAGGGAAUUCAAGGCCCAAAGGGUCAACCAGGAUCUCAGGGUAUGACAGGACCCAGGGGGCCUCAGGGGGACGGAUUUCCUGGAGCCAAGGGUGAUCGUGGAGUACAGGGGGAAAGGGGAACGAAAGGCGCAAAAGGAGACUUUGGAGAUCAUGGAGUUCCUGGUGAAGCUGGAAGGCCAGGAGCCAAAGGAGAAGCAGGCCUCACAAGGGAAGACAUUAUUAAACUGAUCAAAGAAAUCUGUGGAUGUGGUGUCAAGUGCAAAGAAAGGCCAAUGGAACUUGUGUUCGUCAUCGACAGCUCAGAGAGCGUCGGCCCCGAGAACUUUGAAAUCAUCAAGGACUUUGUCACCAGGUUGGUGGACCGCACCACUGUUGGACGCAACGCCACCAGAAUCGGCCUUGUCCUCUACAGUCUGGACGUCCACUUGGAGUUCAACUUGGUUCGCUACAUUAACAAACAGGACGUCAAGCAGGCAAUCAGGAAAAUGCCUUAUAUGGGCGAGGGCACCUACACUGGCACUGCCAUCAGAAAAGCGACUCAAGAGGCGUUCUACAGCGCUCGGCCUGGGGUCAGAAAAGUAGCCAUCGUCAUCACUGAUGGUCAAACUGAUAAACGAGAGCCGGUCAAACUGGACAUUGCUGUGAGGGAGGCUCAUGCUGCAAACAUCGAGAUGUACGCCCUGGGGAUUGUCAAUUCUUCUGAUCCCACACAGGCUGAGUUCCUGCAAGAGCUCAACCUCAUCGCCUCUGAUCCCGACAGUGAACACAUGUACCUCAUUGAUGACUUCAACACUCUACCAGCGCUGGAGUCAAAACUCGUCAGCCAAUUUUGUGAAGAUGAAAAUGGAGCCCUUAUUUAUAACCGUAUAACAAACGGGCACUGGAACAGCAAUAAUGGACAUGGCCAGGGUUCUAAUGGAAAUAAUGGAAAUGGAGAGAAUACUAAUGGAUAUUAUGUCUAUGGCAACGAUGGUUAUGGAAACAAUGGAUAUGGAGACACAGGGGAUGUUUACAAUCACCAAGAGGAGAACCUGAAUCAGAGACGCCCCAGCAACCGAGGCCGAGGAGACACUUAUGCACUGCCCAUCAGUGCUGAUCCUCUCCCUGCUCAGGUGGUAGAGGAUGAUGACGAAGGAGAGGACCUAGACUUGAGAGCCCAAUCACGGGCCACUAAUACUGUAGCUGUAGUUAACAAAACAUCUUAUUCAUUGGUGGAAGAAAGCUCUGCCUUCAAUGACGCUGUCAUAUCAUCUUCAUCAUCUUCUUCAUCAACUUCUUCAUCUUCCUCUACCUCAUCAGCAACAUCUUCAACUAUAGGUUCAGUUUCAGCUUUAAACUCUAAUCAGCUGCAGCCCUCAGAGAGUUUAGACCUGCCUGAAGAGGCCCCAGUUCUCAAUCCACGCUGUGACCUCACCUUGAACCAAGGCACCUGUCGGAGCUACACCAUCCGCUGGUAUUACGACAAGCAGGCCAAUGCCUGCGCACAGUUUUGGUAUGGAGGCUGUGGUGGAAAUGACAACAACUAUGAAACAGAAGAUGAAUGCAAGAAGACUUGUGUCAUAUUUAGAACAGGAUAAACAGAGAAUAAGCCAUCAGGAAGUGGAUUUUUGCAACUCUACAAUCUGCAGAUUUUAUGAAAAGUCAUUAAUUCAGUCAUUUGUCUUCAGAACAUCUAUCACAUAUGUCCUUACCAACAAACAAUGUUUUAUGAAAUAGCACAAAAGCACUGAAAAAGUUUCACCAACUCAAAACAAUAUCAAAAACUUCUGACAUGUUGCUGUGUCAACACACUGAAUGACUGAUUUGAGACUAACUUCUUAAAAAACGACCUUAUUACCUCAAAAGAAUGCAUUGUGCUUGAUACACAAGGAUAAUUCCUUUAUUCAGGGUUUGAAUGUUCUGAGUUUCAAAUAAAAACUAUAAAUAUAAUCAGCAGAUCAUCUUAUACCUCCACGUUCUUUGCUUUACAUGUACUGAGUAUUUUUUGCUAGACAGCAAUGAUAAGAAGUGUUUAUUUUUGUUUAUAUGAGUUGCUGAAAUAUGCUGGUAUUUUGUUUGUGUUCUGUUGGUUAUUUCAGUGUGUGCAUUCUUUAUAUCUGGCAGCUGUGAUAGAUGGCCAUUUAUGUCAGUGUAGUGCAAUUUAUACAUAAACCUGUCUAUUUGGGCAGUGUCUGUCUGUCUAUUGUAUUUGUUUUGUUUUUUAUAAUAAAACAUGAAUUAACUGUG